UCGCGCGCGCGUCGCCCCACCUUUCGUCAUUACCGAGGCCGAGAAGCAAAGAUGUGGGCACGGGCGGCGAGGGCGCAUUUUCGGGCUCGGUUGGACGGGGCCCGAGGCUCCGCUUCCAAAGCGGGUCCACAGGGAAAGGUGCAGGCGGCGGGGCAGGGGAGCCACGCUCCAUGCCUCACCCCGCAGGGCGGCGGUGGCGUGCCCGCCGCGGUGAUGGAGCAUCUGGAGCGGCUGGCGCUGGUGAACUUCGGCAGCCGCGAGGCGGUGACCCGGCUGGAGAAAGCCAUCGCCUUCGCUGAUCAGCUGCACGCCGUGGACACCAGCGGGGUGGAGCCCCUGGAGUCGGUACUGGAGGACAGAUGUCUCUACUUGAGAUCUGACAAUGUAGCAGAAGGCAACUGUGCUGAAGAACUACUACAAAAUUCUCAACAGGUUGUGGAGGAGUACUUUGUGGCCCCCCCAGGUAACAUUUCUUUGCCAGAUAUGGCAAAUAAGAGUCCUCCUCCCACAGCAGAGUAGCUAUUCUGGGAAAGGGGCACCCUGUCAACAUUGUGGAAUCACAAGGGCGGUCCUUUGCUACUGUGAAUUCUAGUGUAAACCAGACAUCCACGAUUGCUUGGUAACUGAUCCUUGGACAGACCUGGAAGAGAGUCCCAGCUGACAAAAUACCACAGGCCUGCUUGCAAGGAACUGGAUCAAGUACUCUGGCCUGUUCUGUAUGGAAAAUACCCUCCUUCAUGGUCCACUGCCGUAUCAAAAUGUAUCUGUGUGAACUUUUCUGUUUAUACUUAGGAGAUAGUCCACCUGUGACCAAGUGACAAACUUGAGUUAACUACAGCCUGGAAACUCCUAAUUUAGAACCAUCUUCCUUUCUCACAAAGUGAGCCAAACCCCUCCCCACACACCUUGUUCGUGAACACCAGCCAAACAGUUUGUUCAGAAAAGAGAACUUGUUAAAAAUAGGCCUGGGCUUGUUCUCAUUCUUCCUCAUCCCUUUAUCUGCAAUGCUUCCUCACACACCCCUCUUCUUUGUUUGCUCAGAUAGAGCCUCUUUACUUGAGGCUGGCCUGGGGCACACAGCUGUCUUCCUGCCACAGCCUCCCCAGUACAGGGAUGAGAGGCAUGAACUACCUUUUACAGGCAGUUUAAUUUAUAAUGUCAGUUCUAACUGUAAGACCUCUGAAUCUGGGUUAGAGAUGGUUCAGUGGUUAAGGGAACUCCUAAACUGAGUGUGGUAGAACCUAGAACGAGUGUGCCUAGAACCCCUGCACUUGGGAGGCAGAGGCAGAAAGAUCCCAAGUUUGAGACCAGCCUGGUCUACAGAGGCAGAGCUACACAGAGAAACCCUGCCUCAAAAAACAAAACAACACCACCAAACCUAGCACUUUCUAAUCUUCAGUCUGACCUGAACCAGGACCUCCUGUAAUUCCAGCUCCAGGGCUUCUCAUGCAUCUUUCUGACCUCUAGCACUAACACACAUGUGGAACAUACACAUAAAUAAAAAUCAAUCUUAAAAAAAAAAUAAAGUUAAAGAAUCUUCUCUGUGGGGGGCUGGAGAGACGGCUCAGAGGUUGAGAGCACUGGCUGCUCUUCCAGGGGUCCCGAGUUCAGUUCCCAGCAACCACAGGGUGGCUCACAACCGUCUACGGUGGGAUCUGGAGCCCUCUUCUGGCGUGCAGAUGUACAUGCAGGCAGAACACUGUAUAUGUAACAAAUAAAAAUUUAAAAAUGAAAAAAAGAA